UUGCGAACAAAUGUGUUUACAACCAGCUGACAUCCGACGUCUUUCCGUCCAUUCGCCUCCGAUACUCCAAGUCAACCGAAACGAAAUCCAUACUUGAAAAAUUCUUCAUGGAAAGCGGUCUGUGCUGACUCGUCAACUCAACUGAAUGCAAAAUUUUAUCGUAUUUAUCAGAUGCAGGGCUCUGGCCCCGUCUCCAGCACCUGAAGCACACCUGUCCUGACUGCUCCACGUCCACGGCCUUCCUGCUGAGCCAUGACAGCCCAGACGGACCUUGAUAUGGUGCACCUCCGCCUUAUUCUGGUCAGUGGCAAAACGCAAGACUUCACCUUCUCCCCGAAUGAUUCUGCCACAGACAUCGCUAAGCAUGUGUUUGACAACUGGCCAGCAGGAUGGGAGGAAGAGCAAGUGAGCAGUCCCAGUAUCUUGCGCCUCAUCUUCCAGGGACGCUUCCUUCAUGGCAACGUCACCCUGGGAGCUUUAAAACUGCCACCUGGCCGAACAACUGUCAUGCACUUGGUUGCCAGGGAGACUCUGCCGGAGCCCAACUCUCAUGGUCAAAGGAACAGAGAAAAGACUACAGAGAGCAACUGCUGCCUCCUCCUGUAAAGCAACAGGGAUGCCCCCCCCACCCCACCCAAACAAAAACAUCUCUCACACACAUCCAAACAUUAUGCACACACUCCAUCCUUUUCUGCUGCAGGUUUUCAUUUCAGCUGCAAAUCUGAAUGAAAUUGCUGGACGUCCCUUCGUUAUUUUCUUGAAUUAAACAUAUUUUUUUUGUUGGGGGUGGUAGAUGAUUUUAUUUUCAGCCCCCAAGCUUUUCUUCUGUCAGCAUUUUUCUCUGUUCUUUUAAUUUGAAAAUCCAGCAGCCUCCUCCGCUUCGUGGCUGAUGCGUUUUCUGGAGCUGUUUUAAAACGGUGUCAUAUGUAAUGAAAAAAAGUCUUGGAACUCAUGACUCGUCAUGGACACAGAAGUGCUCUGAAGAUUUGUGGAGUGAAACCCCGGUCCUGCUUGUCACACAGACAUUUCCCUGGUCUUACUCUAUAGUGUUAACCCUCCCGUUGCACUUAACAAGUUUAAUUCUGAAGUGUUAAUAGUGUCUCAUCUUCACAUCCAUUAUGACUUUUUGGAAUGCCGCCAGAAGAACUGAACUCCCCGCUUGGUUGAAGACGUGCCAUACUCCUCACGGACAGUUCCUGCCUCUGUGACUGCCGGCGCCGGCGGCGCUUUGUGGCUUCAUCUAAAAAAAAAAGACAGUUUGAAAACCUGUGGGUCCACCAGAAACAGGAGCAGGCAUUCGCUGGCUAUCUUCACUGGCUUCAGUGUGAACUUCCUGUCUUCAUAAGAGCCAUCAUGGGAGCCAGUUAGACGCACACAGAGAAGCUGUUUAAGGCAGGAGGAAGGGUGGCGUCUGUGCCCCCCCCACACACAACUAUACCCUCAACAUAGUUCUUCUGUUGGAUAAAACCAAAAAAAAAAAAGGAAAUCUAGGCGGUGUUUCACCUCCACGUCAUUUGGAUGCUGUUGUUUCUUCUCGUUUGCCUUUUAUCGUGGAACUCAGUAAUAUCAUUAAUAUUGAAAUUGAAAUAUAUCAAUUUUUAUCUUGUGUAUAGAUAUUGAAUUUUAGUGAGGGUGAGUUUGUGUGUGUGAGUGUGUCUGAAGGUGUAUGAUGCAGCGGAUGAGGACUAGUAAGGGCAUGUGAUGUUUUUAAGUGAAAAAGUGCUCUGGGAGCGUUGAUGGGCUGGGGAUCUUCAGAAACAGUGGAAUAACCUUUCGAUUCCUUCCAUUAGUGUCCUUUGGUUUGUGUUCUUCGUCAAUAAGUGUCACUGCUACAGAUGUUUAGCUCAUUAUUAAUGUAAAAACUUAAUGCAAUGUGGUCUACAUAAAUGCUUGUAUUAUAAAUUAAUAAAUCUUUACAUAACUUCU